AUGAAUAAUUAAGACUCUUUUGCAUAAUUUAGAAAUAUUGCUUCUAAUUAACUUAACUUGUACUUUAAUCCCAAUCACCCAUCUGUAUAAAAUAUUAUUAUUUAGGGUUUUGAAUUAUGUGAAAAAAUUAUACCAUCUGAAACCAAUAUUUUUUAUAGACCUAUUAAUAAAGAUGAUGGAUUAAUUUAUAGUAAAAUCAGCAAAUAAGGAUAGAAUUAUUUAUAACAACAUAUUCAGCUUUAUAAUAUUAUAAUUACAAAAUUCAAAGAUGACUAGAAUUAAAUUAAUAAUAAUAUUCCUAGAGAACCAAAUAAUUAAUAAGCAUAUUAAUCCAAUUAUGCAGAAUUUGAAAUGUAAAUUAUAAAUAAACCAAUAAUUUCUAAUCUAUUUCAUUAAAUUUCUGAAUAUCCCUCAGAAACUGAAAUUAUUUUAAGAUAAUAUAUUGAUAAAUAGAUUUUUGAAUUUGAUAAAGUUGAUGAUAAUAGUGUUACAUUUUGUUUAAUUUAUGAUGAUCAAGAUUUAAAUGAAAUUAAUAGAUAAAUCUUAAGAUUCAAAUAGAUUUUUGAUGAUAAUAGAUCAACAAAUAUUGUUAUAAUAGUUAAUGGUAAAGAAAAGAUGAAAAAGCAUAAUUUAGGUGAUCAUUUUUAAAUUAUGGAAAAUAUAAAUGAAAAUAAAUGUAAUCAAUUUUAUAUAUUUAUAGGCAACAUCUGUUAUUCAUUUGAAUAUCUAGAUUCAAUAUUUUUAGUAAUCUAUGAAGAAAAAACUCCAAUUAAAUUAAUAAAUUGGAUUUAUUAAGGAGUCUUUAAACAUUUUUAAUCUGAAUAUUUUUAUGUUGGAUUUUUGAACAUUAUUGUAGAUUCUACUAAAUUUUAAUCUAUGGAUAAUAUUUUGAGAUCAUCUCAAUAAUUUUGUGGAGCUACAGGAUAUAUUAAUUUAGUUCAAGAAAAAGAUAAGACUAAAUGUUAUAAUCUUAAUUCCUCUUUUGUUGGAUACAUGAAUUUUUUAAAUUAUUAAUUUUAAAUAGAUUCUUUAGCAUCACUUAAAAGAUUUCACAAUCCUUUUUUCUCAUAUUAUAAAUGGAAUUUAUGUUUUUAAUAUCUUGAUCAAUAUCUUAAAAAAUUAGAAAUAGAGAGUUCAUCAGGAAAUAUUAAUUUAUAUUUAAAUUCAUUAUUCCCUUCUCUCGUUUAUGAAAAUGAGACAUUAUAAUUUCUUUAAUUAAGCAGUCCUUUAGGAGAAACAUAAAUAGACACAAUCGAUACAACAAAAUUAUUCUUAGAAUUAUCAAAUAAAUUAAAAUGCAUCGCAUAUUGUAAUAAUUAAGCAUAUGGAUUAACAGGUUUAAAAUACAAAAUAAUAGUAAUUUUAAGAUUCUUUGAAAAUUAAGUUAAAUUAGCAGAAAUUCUAUUUUUAUUUACAUUCUCACCUUAUCAAUUAUUUUAUUAAAAUACAUCUAAUAUAUACUUGUAAAUUUUAUUGGCAAUAGUUUGGCCAUUAUUACUAUUUAUUCUAAUAGCAUUGUUUGUAUUGUUAACAUAAUAAUAUUCUAUUGGAGUAUCUAUCGUAAAAAAAAAAACAAGAUAAAUCUAUUUGAAGCUCACUGAUUUGAAAAAUCUAAAGAUUCUAUUUAAAUAAAAAAUUAUUACAAUAAAUAAUAUUUUUGUAGAAAUAUAAAAUUAUGACGAUUAAUAACCUAUUGUUUUUAAACUUAAACAAAAAGUCUAUUAAAUUAAAAAUUUAUAUAAAGAAUUAAGAUAAAAAUUUAAGAAAGAAAUCCAACAAAACUAACAAUUUAAAUCAGAAACAGAAAGAAAUAUUCAAAUAGAAUAAAUCUAAAAAAAUUAAUAAGAUGAAUCAUAAGAGGAAUCUCUUUAAAUUUUAAAUGCUCAAUAAGAACAAUAUUUUGUGUAUUCUACUUAAAUUAUUUCUGAAAAAAAAGUUGAUAUACUUUAUCAAAAGUUAUUUUUAAUAACUCAGAUGUUGGAAAUCUGUUGUUCGAUAACAAUUAUUAUGAAUUUAAUUUUUACAUAUGGAAGAAAUUUAAUAACAGAAAUUGAAAACUAAUAGUAAUAUGUUACAAUUUUGGGAACUUUUAUUUUCGUAAUCGUAUUCCUAUUAAGAAAUCUUUCUACUGAAUUAAUGUAUAAAUAAUUAUAAUAAAUGAUAGAAGAUCAAUAUUAAUGACACUUUAAAUCUUUAUAAAUUCGUUGAUUACUAUUGUUUAUUCUGAAAUGUACCAUCUGUUAAGAAUUCCAAUAAAACCUUAAGAAUAUAGGAGAUAAAUAAAAAAAUUAUCUCAAUAUUUCUGUAUAAACAUUUUAUUUUUAAUGAUGUAAAUAUUAAUUAUAUAGUAUUAUAGUUUUUAUAUUGUUGAAACUUAGAUGAAUUUUGAAGGAUAUAUCUAUUCCAUAAUAAUAUUUUAUAAUUUGGCUAUUUAUUUUAUUGAUUCAUUAAUUAUAAUUAGUGCAAAAAUUAAUGAAUUUCUAUUAAGAUCUGCUAGUAGAAAUAAUUAAAUUAGAUAAUAAAAAAGCGAAAUAUAGCAUGAGAUGUUUUGUCAAGAUUAUCAGAUAAUUAUUUUUCAAUAUCUAAAUGAUCUAAGUUCGAAACAAAAGGAAAUCUAAGCUUAAAUAAAAGAUAAAACUGUAAUUAUAUAUUAAAUAUUUUGA